GCAGAAUGAAGGCGUGUGACUGAUGGCUAUAGAUCUCCAGCCAUGCGUUCUCCAGCAAAACAAGGAGCAGUGACAGCCUUGCCCUUAAGGAAAAUAAUUUCAUCUCACACCAUCCAGCUGCAAGAAUGUAUGAAUUGUCCAGUGCACUGCAUUAAAUAGCUGCAAUGUUGUAUCCAGCUGUAGGGCAGCCCCUGUAAGCAGCAACAUCCCUGGAAGCUCUCGCUUCUCAAUACCGCAGGAUUUCCAAUUCUGCUCCCAGGUGGCUGCCCCCCCACACUCUCUCAGGCCCCCUCUCUGUCCCCAGAUAUCCUCCUGCAGCCAGGCUGGACAAGGGGCCUGAGAGCCUUGGAGACAGGAGAUCUCUGGUUAGCCCAUCCCCUGUACAGACAGCCAGGAGUCCCCGAGAGCUGGGGAGACUGUGCAGGGAAACAGAAACAGGAGCCACCAGGCUAAGAACAGGGGUGACGACUGCUCUCUUGGCUAGCGCACCCAGCACUGAACCAGGGACCCCUAGAGCUAAAAGCACAGGCUGCCCCAGCUUAUGCUAAAUAGUCAACCCUUUGUAACUGUACCAGCUCCACACACACCCCAGUGGGUUACACAAGCACCAGAGAGACAUGGGUCUUAAGGAGCCUGAAGGCCAGGUAGGGAACAGGCAGUAGGAAUCAGCAGUUGUGAGUCUCAGCCUCCUUACCAGGCUGCCCCAUCAGAUCCUCAUGUCAGGCAGUGAAACCCCCAGUUGCUCGUUACCCCUUUUUGACCCAAGUGACUGGUCCACAGUUUGGGGCCUGGCAGACAUUUCGGAGGAGCUGGUGACAAUAUAGACUCAUCACACUUCAUUCAAGGGCUCUUUACAGUCCACAAAACAGAAAUUACAUGAGACCACACCCAGAAAGGAAACAUCUAAUGGUACAAAGUUCAAUCAGCCCAUUUCUGAGGAGAAGGAAGUGAACCUAAACUCCUCUCUUGACUCUUUCCUCCACUAGAGGCCAUGGCUGCUGCGAAUCCAGCAAAAACACUCCAGGAUGAACUGACCUGUUCCAUCUGUCUGGAGUAUUUUAAAGAUCCGGUGUCUCUAGACUGUGAUCACAAUUUCUGCCGAGCCUGCAUCACCCAGUUCUGGGAGGGUUUGGCUACCAACGUCUCCUGCCCUCAGUGCAGAGUGACUUUUCCCCAGAGAAACCUCCGGCUGAACAGGCAGCUCAGGAAUAUUGUGGAAGCAGCCAGAGAACUCAGGUUGCCGUCAGGGAGGGAACCAGAACCAGAGAGACUGUGUGAGAAACACAAGGAGCCUCUAAAACUGUUCUGCAAAGAGGAUGAAAUCCCCAUCAGCCUGGUGUGUGACAGAUCCAAGCAGCACAGAGAUAACACUGUCAUUCCUGCAGAGGAAGCUGCCAAAGAAUUCAAGGAAAAGAUUCAAGCUCAUUUGAAGAUGCUGAGGGAAGAGAGAGAAAAGCUCCUGGGAUUUAAAGUGAGAGAAGAGAAGAGAAGCCUGGAAUAUCUGAAACAAACAGAAACCGAGAGGCAGAAGAUUGUGUCUGAAUUUCAGCAACUGUGGCAGUUCCUGGAGGAACAAGAGCGACUCCUGCUGUCCCAGCUGGAGAAGCUGGACAAGGAGAUUGUGAAGAUACAGAAUGAAAGUGUCAGUAAACUAUCUGAGGAAAUUUCCCGUCUUGGUAACCUGAUCAGUGAGAUGGAGGGGAAAUGUCAGAAGCCAGUGACUGAAUUGUUGCAGGAUGUCAGAAGCACCUUGAGCAGGUCUGGGAACGGGAAGUUCCAGCAGCCAGAGGAGAUUUCUCCUAAGUUAGAAUUAAGAUUCAACGAUUUCUCCCAGAAAACUGUUGCUCUAGUGGAGACUCUCAGGAAGUUCAAAGACACUCUGCCAUCUGCACUAGAGACAAAAAGAGGAGAAUCCCUAGGAACAUUCAGACAAGGUGAGACUGCAGCUGGAGAUUGUCUUUAA